UGAAUUUCAAGCGUGAUACUGACCAAGUUUAUCGUGGAAACAAAAUGACGGAAGAGAUUCCUGUGAUACCAAAAGUCUCGAGUUUAAUCGUCCACAGUGGGAAUAUUGUUAACUGGAAUAGAUUAAAACGACACCCAAACCACGGGGCAACUGCAGAGAUUGCAGAAUGUAUUGAUGCCACACUGAAAAGUCAUUUGGAAAAUGCAGACAAAACUGCUCUUCAGUAUGAAACCAGUCUGGAGUACAAGUGCACCAAGUUUAUUGAACCACUGCCGGCAGAGGAAAGGGGUGAUUUGAAGGUCACAGUCAAGGUUUUCCUGUGUAAAUUACUACCUCCAGCUACACUGAAAGAGGGAAUAGAAAAAGUUUUGACAGAGUUGAAUAUCACAUUCAUUGAGACUGUGUUACUGGCCCUACCAGAACUGGAAGAAGAGAAGGAUCUCUCCCUGUCUGUCAUCCAGCCUUAUUGGGAGGUCCUGGAAGAGAUGGUGGAGGAGGAAAAAGUUCUCUCCCUUGGAAUAGCUGACCUAAAUAAGGAACAGCUAGAAGAGCUCCACAAAUGGGCCAAGAUAAAACCAGGAAUUAAUCAAGUCAACCUGGAAUCCUGUUGUGUAAUGCCUAAGGACCUGACAGAGUAUGCUAAACAGAAUGAUAUUCAGCUUCUCAGUCACAAUGAUGCCAGAGAUAUACUACCAAAUGAGAAACUGUGUGACAUUAUCAAGAAAAAUACCACAGGAAAAGACAGCUUCUCAUGGGAAAUGUUGUGGGUACUUAGAUAUUCUGUGCUCAUAAAAUGUCGAGGAAUUAUUAAAACAAAGGCAUACAUUACAAAAUGUGGUCGUGACCCAAAGAACAGAAAGUGACCUUCAACCUCUUGUCAACUUAAAAUUCUAUGUGAAAUUGUUAAAAAUUGUUCUUCCUUAAGUCAAGUCGUCAUUUUUACGUGAUUAGUGUUCAUUUGCUUUGGAGGAUGGAUUAGAGUAGAUCCCAACCCCUAAGUAUAGUAAAAUCAUUCAAAGCCACUGACUCUACAAUUGGGACUCUUUUUAAUUUAAAUAAUUUUCUAAAAUGUAGUUUAAUCAAUAUGUGAACUUCACUGUGAGUAUCCAUGUUACCAUCUUUCAGAACAUGAAUUUUAAUUUCAUGUGUAAUUUAAUUUGAAGUCAUUAUAAAUUAGUUUAAAAUGGAACUAUAAAAUUUUCCACAUUAAACUUAAAAUCACUGCAUAUAUUUAAAGGGUAGAAACAGGCAUAUCAUUAAACUGCAAUUUGCUCUAAAAGUCUUCUUUUUUUUUUACAUCCAGGGAUCAUGAUUUCAUUUGUAUUUAUUUCUGUUGCUGACAUAAUUGGCCAGUGGCCUUAUAUUUUUACUUUGCCUUUGUAUGCCUUUUUACAUUUUUUUAAAGUUUAUUAAAUUUUUAAUGAAAAAAUUCAUGGAGGUAGAAAUUU